AAUCCGUCUUGUAGCCAACGGAAGAAAGAGGUAUGGCUUCCAUAGUCUUAUCCGCCGCAGUGACCUCCGUCAACAGAGCCUCACCGGCUCAGGCCACCGUUGUCGCCCCAUUCGUUGGCCUCAAGUCCACCUCUGCCUUCCCCGUGACCCGCCAGACCAACAGUGACAUCACCUCCUUGGCCAGCAAUGGUUCAAGAAUUCAGUGCAUGCAGGUAUGGCCUCCACUUGGAAAGAAGAAGUUUGAGACUCUCUCAUACCUUCCUGAUCUCAACCCACCACAAUUGGCUAGGGAAGUGGACUACCUUCUUCGCAUGAAAUGGGUUCCUUGCUUGGAAUUUGAGUUGGAGAAGGGAUUUGUUCACCGUGAGAACCACAAAUCCCCAGGGUACUAUGACGGCCGCUACUGGACCAUGUGGAAGCUGCCCAUGUUUGGGUGCACCGAUUCAUCCCAGGUGUUGAAGGAGCUUGAGGAGGCCAAGAAGGCAUACCCAAAAGCAUUCAUCCGUAUCAUCGGCUUCGACAACGUUCGUCAAGUCCAGUGCAUCAGUUUCAUCGCCUACAAGCCCCCUGGCUUCUAAAUCUCAUGCCUUUGCUUUCUGGGAAUCAAUUUGUGCUUUAGGUUUUGUUCACCCUCUGUUUUGGAGUUUUGUUUCGUGAUGUUCUUUUUUUUUUUUUUUUUUUUUUUUUCUGUUUGAAUAUCCUCGGAUGAGCUACUUUAAAUCUGGAAAUUAUUCUGGAUUGAAAUAAAAACUGGUGUUUUCA